CUUAGUACACCAUGACAGCCUGCUCUCUUCAUUCUGGCCGUGCUCUCUUAAUUGACAGUUCAUUCAACUUCAACUCAAGGCUCAAUAUCUUCAAACUUAAAAAGUUAAUCCAGUUUCCAGCCGCCAACGUCCUUCGCAAUGGCGACCAACAGGGUGGCAGCGGUUGCUGCAUCAUCUAUUCCUGCGCACGGCUUUAGAAAAAGCGUUAGUUUACCAGCCUCAAAUUUGCAGACAACACCACAUGCUGCAGCGGGUGCAAGUUGGCGGCGGUCCUUAGAAGGUCGGUGCCCGUGUGGUUCAAGAAUUGUAAGCAAGAAUGAAAGCGCAAGUCCACGGCACAAGUGGCCAAAUGAGAGAUUGUCACUGGCGAAAGAACGCGAGAACCUGAAGCAGUUUGCUGUGCAGAAAAGACGAUUGCAAUUUCAGUCAGCUAGAUCUGUGAAAGUCCUAGCUCUUGGAGAAAAUGGGAGGGAAGACGCCCAAGAAUUGCCGGAGCCGAGUGACGGAUGGAGGCAGAGAUCAAGGCCCAGCAAUCCAAGCACUUCUUACGGUUCAGAGUCCAAUUCUUUGGCAGAAAGUUUGGAGCCUGCUGAAAGUGGAGGUAUGGAAGACGUGGAGAGGGUGUAUACAUCAGAAGAAAUUGGGGACUAUGAGAGCGAUCGAAGGAGGCAGUACAGAGCGGACGUAGAAAGCGGGGCGAGAGGCAUUGCGAGCGUGUUCCGAGCAAUGGGCAAUUCUGUCACGUGGGGAGUAUCGAGCACGGGAAGGGGGCUGUCGGCAAUCCAGUCGGGCGUGCAGAACCGUUGGCGACGAGCCCGGAACCCCCGACGGCCGGAGCCUGCUUCUGAACAGGACCCUGAUUCCUUAGGAGACAGCGACAGUGAUUCCGAGUGGGAUGGAUCAGAGCCGGCUGUUCUGUUGGCAAGUACUGAGACGCCUGCCGCUGUCGAAUCAGAGGCAUUUGUCAGGCAGCAAGGGGACGCGAGCACUAGCGAUAGCGGGCGGCCAGGGGCGGAGGACACGUGGGAGGAGCCGUGGGAGACGAUCAAGCGGUGGUGGAACAACCCGGCGUUUUUCCGCUUCCGCGUGUCGCUCUCGAUGGCCAACCUCACCAUGGCGCUGCCCGCCUUCAUUGCACGGGUCUCAGCCAUGUACCCGACGUUUGUAGCGGGCCUCCACUCGCAGCUGCUGACGAGCCAGCUGUCGCUGCCCAUCAUGGCGCCCCUCCUGUUCGGCGGCGGCAUCGCCUUUAAAGCCAUUAUGUCCAACCUGGGGUUCGUGCUUCCGCGGCUAGCUAUGGCCGGCGGCGUGCUGUGGAUCCUGUGGGCAACCAAUUACGCGAUGCAGGAGGCGAUAGCGCACCUGCGCAACAACGGCGCUAUCGACCGGAGGAUCUCCAACGUCCUGGUGCUCACUGUCGAGUUGGUCGCCAGUACGAUUGGUCUUGUCACGAUUCUAUCAUCGGUCGGCGUGAGAAUUUCGUCCCUUCUUCUCCCCGGAUUUGCGGCAGUCGCUCUGGCUGGAAAGGACGUGUGGCACAAUUACUUUGCCGGCUUCUUCCUCUUCGCGGCGCAGCCCUUCCGUCCCGGCGACUCUGUGGCGCUGCUCUGCGGGGCGGGUGUCGCCCCCCCCUCGCCCACGUCCGCCGUGCCCCCCGGCUGGUUCGAAGGCGUCUGCGAAUCCGUCGACCUCAGAUACACCGUCCUCCGAAACGGGCGGCAACGGCUUCUCGUCCCCAACGCGCACUUCGUCAACCGGGAGUUUCUCGUCACCGACGCUGGGCCCGUCGUCACUAGAGCUCCGCCCACGGCCCGGACCGACUCUCCUCGGGGGGUCAAAAAUGGCAGGGCAAAGGGCACCCCCGGAGGAACAAACGGGCCACCCGGGAUGCCCGGUCAGAAGGUGUCACCAAACGGUCAAGACAAACGGGGUGGGUUUAUGCCCACGUCGAGUAGUAAUGGAGGGCCGGGGCCGAUGCCGAGUGGACCAGGAAUUGCGGUCCCAUGGGGAAAGUAAGUGGUAAUUUAGCUAUGUGGUGUGAAGAGAAAAAUAACAGUUGCGUCCUUUGUAGCCCAUAGGGACAACGGGUCGCUAGAGGGCUUGGUCAAAAAGAGUCAAAUAAGAGAGUUGUCGAAGACGUUUCGUCCGCCAAAUGCUCACUGCAAUAGGGCAAGACCCGUUUUGAAGACACAUCGUAGCCAUGGCGGAGACGAUGCAUAGGCUCGUUCUUAUAGACAUCCUCAGCGGAGGGUGUUCAAGUUGGCUGAUGCUGCUACAGAUUUACAUUGUCAAUUGUACACUAAACAAAGCGAGCAGGACGUACUUUUGAAUUGCGAUGCGUAGUGUUCAUGAUUGUGCACCAUACGUGUCUCUGUUUCAUGCCCUUA